AUGUGCGUCCCAUCACGCAAACCCCAGGUGCGUGGUCCACGACGGAGGGGCCCCUUCUUCCCCCCUUGUUUGGCGCAGCCCACGACCGGUUCGAACCGAUUGGGACCAGCACCUGCGGCAGGGUCUCGUCUGGACAUUAAACAGUGGAAGAGGAAAUUUGAGGUCCGGUCAACCAGUGCUCCUCACCUGAGGCAUCCCCGGUCUGGACGUGGGGAUGAGAUCGACGUCGCGCCCCGUCAGCUGCCCACAUCGGCCUCCCGUCAAACGAGGCGAGGGGAGGCGGCUCACAGACGACGAUAUCACCAGCUGGUAUUGCUCCGGCCGCCCUGGGAUUGA